AUGAACUUCGACACCACCGAACACGUCCUUCGCGGCCUGCCCACUGACGGCGGUCUCUCCCUCCCUUUCGUACGCGCUGUCCCGCGCCAGACCCGUACCCCAGAAGGAGAAGAGACAGGUACACAACGUCGUCGCACCGUGUCCCUAGUCCUACUUCACGGUGCCGCAUCGCACAAAGAGGUCUGGUUCCCUACCCUCGAGCACCUUUUUGAGCUACAAAAAGAAGACUCCAAUCGUGCGUUGACUAUCGUUGAGGCGUGGGCGGCAGACAUGCCCAGUAACGGCCGCGCGGCGGUGUUGAACGAGCAUCUUCUGGGUCAGUUCCCAGAUGGUAUCUCGGGACAGCAGGCUUCCCGCGCGUUGCAGGUCCUCCUCAAGUCCGACAUGCUCAAAGGCGACGACGUCAUCGGGAUCGGCUACUCCGCCGGCGCAUGCGUGAUGAUUCAGUCGACAGCCGGGUACUACGUCGACAAACUCCCCUACUCUUCGCUCAUCCUCGUCGAGCCAGUCGUGCUCGAUCCAGAGGUCCUCGAGCAGAUCUCGCAGGCGGACUCCCCCCUUACGAAGAUCAUCGAGUUCGCGCGCACGCGCCGGGACACCUGGCCGAGUCGCGCGGCCGCGCGCGAGUGGUUUGCGGGACAGCUCCCGUGGAGCCAGUGGGACGCGCGUGUCCUCGAUCUUUAUGUGGAACACGCCUUGCGGGAGUUGCCUACUGCGGCGUACCCGGACGAGCACGAGGGGGUGACGCCGGCGACGACGCGCGCGGCUGAGAUCGCGGCGUAUUCUCAUUGGGACGAUGCGCUCGAAGCACACCAAAUUUUGCAGGGCCUCUGCGCUGCGAUCCCCGUGCACUCGGUCGUCGGCUCUGUCCGAGACAGAAUACCCGGAGAAGUGCACGAGUUGACGGGGCCGAAGAUGAAGUCCGUCAGGCAGGUCGAGGGUGUUGGCCAUCACGUCGUUCAGCAAGACCCGCGCGGCGCGGCCGAGGCAAUUUGGACCAUCUUGCAAGAGGAAUAUUCACCGUAA